GACACGACGGGAAUCGUAGUUCCAUUGGGGAACAUGCGGCGUGCAUGCGCGGACGAGGUUGUAAAAGGGAGGGUGGAAGAGAAGAUGCUCAGGUGAGGCAGGAACCGGGAAGCGUCCGGAUUGAGAAUGGCAGGAACAGGCUUUGAGUGGCAGGGAUGAGGAGCCGCCAGCGCAUGUACUCUGCUGUCAUGCGCUUUUUCCUGAAGUGCCUGCGGAUAGGUCAGCGGCGCCGGUUUUGGCUGACCCGGCACGUUCAACAGCUGUGGCUGUAUGGCCGUCUCUGCAUGCGCUCCUUGGUCUACAAUUCCUUUGCUGAUGGUGACACUGCUCUUGAUGCCCUCUUUGAACCUAUCUAUUGGCUGGUGGAUCAUGUCACCCGGUGGUUUGGCGUGGUGUUUGUGGCUCUCGUGAUCACACUGACUAGCUCCGUGGUGGUCAUAGUGUACGUCUGCCUCCUGCCACUCGUCCUGCAAACGUAUCCCCUUCUCUGGGUCUUUUGGCAUUUUAUCUAUGGCCACUGGAACCUUGUCAUGAUUGUCUUCCACUACUACAUGGCCAUUACUACACAGCCUGGUUGUCCCCCACAGCAGUCAAAGAGCGAUGUUGUUGCUGUAUCCAUCUGCAGGAAAUGCAUUUCCCCAAAGCCUGCCCGGACUCACCACUGCAGCAUCUGCAACAGGUGUAUAUUGAAGAUGGACCAUCACUGCCCAUGGCUGAACAACUGCGUGGGGCACUUCAACCAUCGCUACUUCUUCUCCUUCAUGCUGUUCAUGACCAUGGGCUGCAUCUACAGCAGUGUCAGCGGUUGGGACCUGUUCUGGGAGGCCUAUGCGGCCAUUGAGAAAAUGAAACUGCUUGACAAGGAGAGACUGCACGUGGCUGCCAAUCAGACUUACUCUCAGACACCGCCACCUACCUUCUCCUUCCGCCAGCGAGCUUUCCACAAGAGUAUAGUGUAUGCCUGGGUCCUUUGCAGUUCAGUAGCCUUGGCUUUAGGUGCCCUCAUGAUCUGGCAUUCUGUCCUCAUCACGCGUGGCGAGACCAGCAUUGAAAGACAUAUCAAUCGCAAAGAAAAAAGAAGGCUGAGAUUGAAGGGCAAGGUGUUUCGAAAUCCAUACAACUAUGGCCCUUUAGGGAAUUGGAAAGUUUUCCUGGGCGUGGAGACACAAAGGCACUGGAUUACUCGAUUUCUGCUGCCAUCUACCCAUCCACCCUAUGGUACUGGCCUGAAUUGGGACACCCCACCCUGCGUAGCUGAACAGAAGGCUCCUCUGUUGGCGAUCUGAGUUAAAUAAGGAAUGGAUUACACCUACUGAUGCAAGACUAAAGGCCGCAGGUUGCUCUCACUGAGAAGCAUAACAGAAAGUUCAAUGCCUGAAGUGACCUAAUUCACUCUUGCAGGAUCAUCUGAAGUGAACUGCUUACUGCAACAGCCUUAGGAAGAAAGCCGAGGAACCCCCAGCUGCAGGCGGCUGAGGUGAAACAAGGAUGUCUUGCUCACAUCUGUUUGUGUUUAUGAACAUGAUCCCUGCCUGAACCUCUAGGACAAAGUGGUGUUGUUCCCAAUGGGAUGAUAGCAUCUGCCCUGCAAUCCUCACCCCCAAAACUCAUGGAGGCUGGCUGACAUGCCAGGGUCCUGCCGCUGCCCCUCUAAGGCAGGAUUUUUUUUAAAAAAAAUGUAGAAAUAAAAACUUUUUAACA